UCAUAAUCACAGGAAGUGGCGGCGGGGGUAGAGACCGGUACAGCGGCGGUUCCGCCUCCGCUCUGAGCUGCGGGGGUGAGAAGUACCGCGAGGACAAGCAAGGGAGGAUGUUCGAUGGGAAGACGAUGAUCAGAAGGGAGAAAGAAGAGGACACGAAGAGCGCGGACAACGUGUCGAGGGGUGCGAUACCUUCCAGGCAGAGUCUCUUGGAACUGGUCAGCAGUAAAUGCAUGAGCCGCCACACGCCUACGCAUCAUUAUUAUCAUCAGCAACAGCAGGUGUAUUCGGUGCCGCAGCGGUAUUUCAGCUCGUCCCGCGACUCGCUUCAAGGGGCUUAUGUGAAUCGUGGCGCGAGUGAAUUCGACCUAAGCCGCAAGCCGAAGAGGAGGGACCAGCUCAGGGGUAGAUUCAAACUGCCGUACACGGUGGCGCUCACGCCUUCGCGCGACCAAUCGCACCUGCACACCCCCGCAUCCGUCAAUCAUCUGAGCCAGAGCAGCUGCAACGGCACCGAGACGAGAUAUACGGUCCAGCAGCAACAGCAACAACGCGGUAGCAGAGGCUAUCCUGGACAAGCGGGAACAAAGGGUUUUCGUACGGGUGCUCCUAAUUGGUCCUUCAUCUUCGAUCCCGCGGGACGUCUCUGUUAUUACUGGUCGAUGGUGGUCUCCCUUGCCUUUCUCUACAACUUCUGGGUCAUCAUCUACAGGUUCGCCUUCCAAGAGAUAAACGGGGAAACGCGUUGGGUGUGGUUCUGCUUGGAUUACUUCUCCGAUUUUUUAUACGUACUGGACAUAGUAUUUCACAUUCGAACGGGAUACUUAGAGGACGGUGUCUUACAAACAGACGCGACGAAGCUGCGAAAUCACUACACAAACAGUACUACGUUUUACAUGGACAUCCUGUGCCUGCUGCCUCUCGACUUUUUAUACUUAUCUAUAGGAUUCAACAGUAUACUUCGAAGUUUUAGGCUCGUAAAAAUAUAUCGGUUCUGGGCGUUCAUGGACAGAACCGAGCGACAUACCAACUAUCCGAAUUUAUUCCGCUCCACAUCCUUGAUACAUUAUUUACUGGUGAUCUUUCACUGGAACGGGUGCCUCUAUCACAUUAUUUAUAAGAACAACGGCUUCGGCAGUAAGAACUGGGUAUUCAGCGACUCGGAGACCGCGGACGUUGUGAAACAAUAUUUGCAGAGCUACUACUGGUGCACGCUGGCCCUCACCACCAUCGGCGAUCUCCCCAGACCGAGAAGCAAGGGCGAGUAUUUGUUUGUGAUAGCUCAGCUGCUGUUUGGUCUGCUGCUGUUCGCCACGGUGCUCGGACACGUGGCCAACAUCGUAACAUCCGUCAGCGCGGCCAGGAAGGAAUUCCAGGCGAAACUAGAUGGGGUGAAAACGUACAUGAGAAUGAGAAGAGUGCCAAAGCAUUUACAGGUGAAGGUGAUCAAAUGGUUCGACUAUCUUUGGUUAACGCAAAAAUGCUCAGACGAGGAGAAAGCUGUCAGUUGUCUUCCCGACAAACUGAAGGCCGAAAUCGCGAUAAACGUGCAUCUGGACACGCUGCGGAGGGUGGAGAUCUUCCAGAACACCGAGGCUGGCUUCCUUUGCGAGCUCGUGCUGAGACUGCGACCGGUUCUCUUCUCACCUGGCGACUACAUUUGUCGCAAAGGUGAGGUAGGCAAGGAGAUGUACAUAGUGAACAGAGGCAGACUGCAAGUGGUGGCCGAUAACGGGAAGACAGUGCUCGCCACCCUUAAGGCCGGUUCAUACUUCGGGGAGAUCAGCAUUCUCAAUAUGAGGACUGCAGGUAAAGAGUGCGGUAACCGACGAACAGCCAGCGUGCGAUCGGUGGGCUACUCGGACCUGUUCGUCCUCAGCAAGAAGGACAUGUGGGACGUUCUCAAGGAAUAUCCUGCGGCCAGGAUCAGGCUGGAAGCGAUCGCGGUGAAGAGGCUGGAGAAAUACAAGAGGGCCCCUCUCGAGAAAGCUGCAAUGGGACGAUGUCAAAGCACGCCAGGACUCGUGGAGUCACGAGGUCGUAUACCAUUGGAGGAGAUGUGGGUUUCACCGGUGGACACAAAGUCCACUCACGCGUACUCGGCUGGCCACUCGUUGUUCUCCCCCAGCCCGAGUCCCGUGACGUCGCGCGGUUUGCCCAGCACCGGGAACAAUGUCAACGCGAACAACGUUGCGAGGAGCAUGGAUAGUCCGAUGAGUGCCACCAGCAGCGGCCACAGCAGCGAGGAUCAAACCGCCAGGGCACCACAAUCCGCGACCGCACAGCCCUCCGCCGGCAGACAAUCCACCCACUCUGGCAUGACCAGCAGCAUGACUCAAUUAGUCGAAGGUGCCACGCCACUUUUAGGCACUAACGAAGCUUUAUUGGCCGAAAUUAAACGUCUCCGUGAACGUCUAAUUUGUUUGGAGUCUGAAAACGCAGCAAUGAGCGCCAAACUAAAUCAACAACAGUGGGAAGUAGAGAAUCGAUUGGCUGAAAUUGAGAUGCAGAUUUGCGGUGCUAGCUCGUCUUCCAGCUUAGAAGAUAACAAUGAAAGAAAUCGAGAAAGUAUCAUUUAACAAGAAACAAGGCCGCGAGAGCGCGGCAAAACAAAGAUAGCGCGAAUACGACACUAUUUGGCUGACGCUACAGACGAUAGAUAUGCAGCAGAUGACAAGGAAGAGCCUGAAGGAGCUAGAAUCUCUGGUAGAUCCAGCGACACAAAAUCAAUUGGUAGCCUCAGUCAACAUUUCUUUGAAAGUGACGAAGAUGAGAAAUAUUAUGGCACUUGUAA